AUGCAACUGGUGAUAAUAGUACUGGGCAACAUCACGGCCAUCCUGACUGUGAUGCUGAGCCGUGGCCAACAACAGAGCAUCACCUCGAACCCUCUGAUCCUAAGUCUCGCAGUGUCGGAUUUGCUCGUUGGUUUUGCGGCACUGUACAAUUUCACCGUCAUCGACGAAUCUCUGCACGACAACAAGUAUCCGUGCCUGCUGAGAUUUGUACUGUUGUGCGGUUCCUGCUUAACAAGCUUCUACAACAUCGUGGCGAUAGCCGUCGAUCGUUACAUCGCGAUACUUUACCCGCUCAAGUACCAGCUGUACAUGACCGAGGGCGUGAUAUCUGCCAUGGUAAUAGUCAUCUGGUCGGCAGCUUGGAUGGUAUCGACGGUACCGUUCUACUGGAACACUUACGAUCCAAAGUGCGAGUGCUGGCUCCACGCGGUAGUUCCCAGGUACUACGUGAUGCUGGUUUUGGGGCCGAUUUUUCUGGUGGUUUGGCUGGCCAUUACGACGCUCUACUGGCGAAUCUGGAAAGAAGCGAGAGCGUACACGCGCAGGAAGCUAACGAUUUCCACAUCCACCGGCCAACAGUGCACUCCCAACUACGGCAAGAGCAAUCGGGUGGUACUCACGAUAUUGGGGUGUUUCUCCAUCUGCUGGCUCCCGCUGAUGAUUGGAAUGUUGCUCCAGUCGUUCCACGUGAAUCUUAGCAUCACCGUGCACCGAGCGAUGUAUUGGGCGGCGUUGUGCAACAGCAGCGCGAAUCCAAUAAUCUACACGUGGAAGAACUCGACCUACCGCAAGACCUUUUGUCGCCUAUUGAGGCUCGAAGUACGGCCCGGUGAGGAGAGGAAACAGAACGAGCCGACCAAGAGGACGACGUUGCAGGAGCCCAGGACUAUCUCGACUGUGCUCCAAGUGGAGGUUGUUGGGCACAAUGCGGCGUCUUGA